AUGAGGGCCCCUCGCAGACUGGCUCUCCCGCGGCGGGGCGGGACCCAGGAACCCAGCCCACGCGCCUCGGACCCUGCGCUCCCGCCGCGGGUCCGCGCGGCCGCCGCGAAGCCUCAGUAUCCAGGAAGAGCGAGGCGCGCCGGGAAGGGCGGGCGCAAACUGCAACUCCCAGGAGGCUUUGCGUGGGGCGGCGGAUGGGAGCGGGAAGGCGCGCGUUUCUCGCUGCGGACCAAUAGGGACGAGGGGGCGGGCUCGCGCUGCGGGGCCCCGCGGGGGCGGGGCCUGGGGCGGGGCCGCGGAAGCGGGGCGGGGGGCGGGGUGGGGCGCCGCGACCCGGCCCCACGCUGGACUCCCGUUCCCGGAGUCGCGCCCUCGGCCCUCCGCAGGCGGGGUCCUGCGCCCGAGUCCCCCGAGGCCGAGCCGGCGGCCGGGCUUGCGGCGGGGGGCGGCCCCCGGGACUGGCCGUUGGCGCGGCGCGAGUGGCUGCAGGCGGCUGGCUGGUGGCCGCGCUGCCCGCACGUUCUCCGGCUUCCCUUUGGCCUGCGGCCUCCCGCGGGGCCCUGGGCUUCGCGUCCCGCCCGGGCGGGGCGGAAACUGGCCGCUCUGUGUCCCUUCCUGGGGGCCGGGGGAUCCGCACGGGCCCUCUCGGAUCACGGUCGCCCGGUUCGGACGUGGAUGCAAGACCUGGUGAGCGAGCUGCUGCGCGCGCACUUCACGGACAGCAAGACCAAAGUGGGCGGGGAUGCGCUGUGGCUCAUGGCAGAGCUGCUGAAGAUCUUUGUCGUGGAGGCGGCCGUCCGCAGCGCCCGGCAGGCCCAGGCAGAAGACCUCACUCUCGUGGACGUGGACCAGCUGGAGAAGGUGCUACCUCAGCUGCUCCUGGACUUCUAGGGGCCGCCACCCUCACUGCAGCCUGCUGAGCUGAGGCGAGACCCCACGCCCCAUUUCUGCGGCCUCUGGCUUCAGACAGGGAAGGAGAUGCUGAUGCUGGAGAAGCCCCUCUCCGGCCCCCAAGACUGAAUCAGGUCCUGGCAAAUGCCCCACUCCUCCUGGUGACCUCCUACUGCUGAUCGCCUGGACACAGGAGAUGGGGGGGGUCGCCGAGGGGACCCAGGGGCGCAGGUGGCUUCCCCCUACACCCACAGGUGUGAGACAAGGCAGGGGCCACAAAGCAGCAGGGGCCCGACGCCCCGCUCUCAGAGCUCCCGUAUGUCCAUGUAGCCGUCCGACGCCCUCAGAAGCCGCCUCCCUGAGCUAUGGAUAAACCAUCGAUGCAUACCCU